AUGUAUGCUGAUGAUAUAUUUAUCUUUGCUAAUGGUGGGAAGAGAACUAUGAAAGGUUUGAUGGAGGCUUUGUACAAAUAUGAGGCCUGGACUGGUCAAGUGCUUAAUAAAGAGAAAAGUCCUAUCUUCUUCUCUAAGAGAAUUUUGGUCCCCAGGAAACACUCCCUCCUCUACUUUACUGGGUUUACUGAUGGCUCUUUUCCUUUCAAGUACCUGGGGGUGCCAAUAGUGGACGGUAGGCUAAAGGCUUGUGAUUUUGGUGAACUGUUGGGAAAACUGACUAAUAAGAUUGCAGGCUGGAAAAUGAAAAUCCUCUCUGUUAGUAGUAGAACUAUUCUUUUGCGCCAUGUCUUAUCUAGUAUGGCCACCCAUCUUCUUGUAGUUUUAGAUGUACCCAAAGUAGUGAUUCUAAGCUUGAAUAAGCUCCUAAGCUCCUUCUUUUGGGGUGACUCUAGAGGUAAAUAUGUUAAAGGAAAUCGUUUAUCCCUCCUGGAGCCUACAAAAGGGACCCACUUAUGGAAAUCAAUUGUUCGAAGUAUCUCGAAGGUGAUAAAUAGUUCCAAAUGGAUUGUGAAAGAGGGCAAUAUUUUUUUCUGCUUAGUGGGCCAUCAGAAAGCCAAGGAUCUGUAUGACUUUUUGGCUAGUCGGAAGGAGGGUCAAGAUGUGCUCGUCUGGCUGAAAGACAAGGAAGACAAUUUUACUACUAAGAGCGCUUGGGAUUGUAUCAGGGUCAGAACGCCUCCUUUACCUAGGCCUCAGUGGAUAUGGAAUACUAAUCUACCUAAAAAGAUUUCUCUCAUAAUGUGGAAGGCUGUUAAUAAUUGCCUCAGUGUUGAUGAAAAUGUUAAGAUGGUGGGUGUCCCUAUGGGUUCCAAGUACUGGAUAUUCCAGUCUUGUCCCCUAAGCCUAAGAGGGUUCGGGUGGUUAGAUGGCAUCGGCCUCAACAGGGAUGGGUCAAACUCAAUACUAAUGGUAGCAGUUUCGAGGAAUCUAGGCAUUUUUGGUGUUGGGGGUGUUAUUCGAGAUGAUAAUGGCAAGUUACUCUUGGCUUACUCUGUUCCCCUGGGCCUGGGUACUAAUAAUUUUGCAGAAAUUGGUAGCUUAUUGGAAGGCGUUCGAAGGUGUCACGCUCUUGGAUUCUAUCGUGUUCAAAUAGAGACUAAUUCUCAAUUGGUGAUUAAUUGGAUUACUAAGGACAGUUGUCCUAUCUGGUAUCUAGAAGAUUUCUGGGAUGAAUUACAGGAUUACCUUAAUAGCCUAGAGUAUACUGUGAAUCAUAUUUAUCGCGAAGGAAAUGUUGUAGCUGAUUUUCUAGCUAAGUGUGGGGUUGAGGGUUUGAACUCCUACUGGUCUGAUAUCCAUACUUUGCCUAGCCCAUUGAGGGGUUGGCUUCUUUUGGUUGUUUUCCUUUUGGUCUUGUCUGUUGUUGGGUUCUCUGGUUAG